CCUAACACACUGUCUUACUUUGUUUCCUCCAUAUCAUUCUUGUGUUUCUUGAACCAAAGAGAAAAGUCAUUCUUAGGUUUCCCGGUUGCAGAAAAAACAAGGAUUUGGGUGGAUUUUCUUCUAAAUUUUAGUUUAAUGUUCAGCAUCAAUUUAAAUGAGUGGUUUGAUGGUUACCCAAAUUUAGAUGGGAUUAAGUUAGAAGAGAGUGAAUUUGAAGAUAUUGAGAGCAUUGUGGAGAUUUGUAAAGAAGCUAGCUUUGAGAGAACCCAUGUUGGCGACCUUGGCGCUAAUGGGUCAGAGCCGGAUUUUGAUGGGUUCAAGCCAAUUGUUGAUGGAUCUGCGCCGGUUGCAAGUGAGUCAGACCGUACGGUGAAGGUGGAAGAAGACGAGUCAAAACCAGAUGUGGAGCUGGGUUUGUCUAUUGAGGAGUCAAAGCCAGAAGAUUUUGACGUGUUCAAGCCAACUAUUUGUGGGUCUGAGCCGGUUCGAGGUGAAUCAGGCUCUACAGUCAAGGUGGAAGAAGAGAAGUUUAAACCCGACGGGAUUUCGAGUUUACCUAUUGAGGAAGUGAUCGGUAAGGUCAGUUUGGAUGAUGGAUUAGAGAGUGGUAGUAGUAGUUCAGAGUCCGACUGCGAAAGUUCGUCGUCAUCAUCUUCUAGUAGUAGCAGUGAUGAUGAUGAUGAUGAUGACGAGGAGGAGGAGGAGGAUGAAGAAGAAAAAAUGAAGGUGGAGGCUGUGGAUGGUGUAGAUGAACUUGAAGAAGGUGAGAUACUAGAUAGUGAUGAAGAGGUGGCCGUUGAUGGAACCACCGAUGAGGAGGAGGAGGAGGAGGAAACAGACGAUAUCCUUAGUGCGUUAGAUAUUGAACUUGAGGAAGUUGAUGAUGAGGAUGCUGGUGCUUCAAAAGGUCCCAUCAGGUCUAAGAAUGAAACAGAGGUUCUCCCCCCAGUUCCACCACUGGAUGUUGAACUACAACCCCAUCACCAAAUGCUGCCUGUUGGAGUUAUUUUGUCGAUGGUUGGUACCAAAGUUAUUGUUGAAGGAAGAGAUCGGCACAACCCUUUGAACGAAGGUUCUAUUCUUUGGAUAUCCAUGAACAGAUCUCCACUUGGAUUUGUGGAUGAAAUCUUUGGACCUGUAAAAAACCCAUACUAUAUAGUACGGUAUAAUUCUGAGAGUGAUGUUCCUGCUGGGAUCCAUGAAGGCAUUUCUAUAUCUUUUGUUCCCGAAUUUGCUAAUCAUGUUCUCAACGAUAAGAAUCUUCACAAGAAAGGAUAUGAUGCAUCUGGUGAGAAUGAUGAAGAGUUGUCAGAUGAUCCCGAGUUUUCGGACGAUGAAAAAGAGGCCGAGUACAAGAGGAUGCAAAAAAGGACAAAGAGAGGCAUGAAUAACCAGAGAGUGGGAAACCAGAAAAGCAAUAAGAAGAAAGUUAGAAGUAAGAAUGGAGUGUGGAAAACUGAUAGGAACUCGGCCCAGCAAACAUCAACAACAGCAAUGGGUCAACCUCCACGUAAUCAGAAUCAACAUAAUCUCUCCACAGUCUCGGCAUCUUUGGUCAAUCAUAAUGGUUCAUCGACUGUCGUGGGACAAAUUUGUUGGUGGAUCCGACUUUGUCCCACCAUUUCCUGUCAUGCCACCGUCUUCUGGUAUUGUUGCACCUUCAAAUGGAGUUUGGAAUAAUGGAAUGCCAGUCCAGCAUUC